GCGCGGUGAGGUGGACCUGGCCGGGAGGCGGGCGUCGGGCCCCCAGCUCCGCGGCCCCCGGAGCGCUCCGGACUCGCCGAUCGCGGGCUCGGUGGCAACAUGUCUGUGGCGUUCGCAGCCCCGAGGCAGCGGGGCAAGGGGGAGAUCACGCCCGCCGCCAUCCAGAAGAUGCUGGAUGAAAAUAACCAUCUUAUUCAGUGUAUAAUGGACUACCAGAAUAAGGGAAAGGCGUCCGAGUGCUCCCAGUAUCAGCAGAUGUUGCAUACGAACCUGGUAUACCUUGCUACAAUAGCAGAUUCUAAUCAGAAUAUGCAGUCCCUCCUGCCAGCACCGCCCACACAGAAUAUGCCUAUGGGUCCUGGAGGGAUGAGUCAGAGCGGCCCCCCGCCCCCUCCUCGCUCUCACAACAUGCCUUCAGAUGGAAUGGUGGGUGGGGGCCCUCCUGCCCCACACAUGCAGAACCAGAUGAACGGCCAGAUGCCUGGACCUAACCAUAUGCCAAUGCAGGGACCUGGACCCAAUCAGCUCAACAUGACAAACAGUUCCAUGAAUAUGCCUUCAAGUAGCCAUGGCUCCAUGGGAGGCUACAACCAUUCUGUGCCAUCAUCCCAGAGCAUGCCUGUGCAGAACCAGAUGACAAUGAGUCAAGGGCAACCAAUGGGCAACUAUGGUCCCAGACCAAACAUGAACAUGCAGCCAAAUCAAGGUCCCAUGAUGCAUCAGCAACCUCCUUCUCAGCAAUACAACAUGCCCCCUGGAGGUGGACAGCACUACCAAGGACAGCAACCCCCCAUGGGCAUGAUGGGUCAAGUUAACCAAGGCAAUCACAUGAUGGGCCAGAGACAGAUGCCUCCCUAUAGACCACCGCAGCAGGGCCCACCACAGCAGUUCUCAGGCCAGGAAGACUAUUAUGGGGACCAAUACAGUCAUGGUGGACAAGGUCCUCCAGAAGGCAUGAACCAGCAGUAUUACCCUGAUGGUCAUAAUGAUUACGGUUAUCAGCAACCGUCGUAUCCUGAACAAGGCUACGAUAGGCCUUAUGAGGAUUCCUCACAACAUUACUACGAAGGAGGAAAUUCACAGUACGGCCAGCAGCAAGACGCUUACCAAGGACCACCUCCACAGCAAGGGUACCCACCCCAGCAGCAGCAGUACCCAGGGCAGCAGGGCUACCCAGGGCAGCAGCAGGGCUACGGUCCUUCCCAGGGUGGUCCAGGCCCUCAGUAUCCUAAUUAUCCUCAGGGUCAAGGUCAGCAGUAUGGGGGCUAUAGAGCGGCACAGCCAGGACCACCCCAGGCACCACAGCAGAGGCCUUAUGGGUACGACCAGGGUCAAUAUGGAAAUUACCAGCAGUGAAAAUAUCCUUACAUUCCAAUAGCCAGUAUCUGUUAGCAGCCAUAUUGUCACAAUUUGUGCCCUGUGGACACCUCCCUGCGAAGACGCCUUCCAUUCCGCCUCGUUUGGGGAAAUCUUUGCAUAAGUGGCUGUGUUGUUAGCAAGCAGCCAUUGUGCAUUAGUUUGUAAAGGGUUUAGUGAUUUCACAUUUCUACUCUAGAUGGCAACAUUGGACAGAAAAUACAUUGACAUAAAGUCAUUUGCAGCGAUUUUGGAACUGUGUUCCAAAUGGACUGUCACAGACUGAAAGGUGUCAACAGCUUUGUAUGUUUACGAAGGUUGAGGGGGGUUCAUACUUUUCCACAGAUUAUUUUGUAAGGGUAAGGGGGGAAUGUACACUUUUUACAGCAGCAAUAUUUUGUAUAUUAUGUUUAUUUCAUGUGAUGAAUAUGCAAAGCGGUACACUGCGCACUGGGCAGAGUCAGAAGCGCUGUUGAUGUGGAGUGUGUGGGUUCUUGGCCGCUGUGGUGUCUGAAGACACAGGUGAAGGAGAAGACAGAUUUCACACCACACGUAUUUAGUUCUUAGAGGAAACCCACAUCUCGUAUCCACCAGGGUAGCAAGGGCACUGUGAUACAGUUUUUGAGUACAAAGACCUUUUUUUAAAAAGCCUUCCAGUUUUGUGCAUUAAACCUUUUUGUAAAGAUGAUUCUAAUACUGUUAUCAAAUGCAAGGCAAUAAUUAUGUUGCAUCUGCGAAUGUUGGCAGGUCCGUGUAAAUGAAGUGUGAAACGUCUCAAAACAGCAAUAACUGAAAAGGAAAAAGUGUUGGUUUUUACCUUGUUUGAGUAUCAGGGAGCUAAGUGAGUAUGGUCAGCACACUCUAACCGCACCAAAGAGGACUCGGCGUUGAUCUGAUGAUACUGUUGUUUUUAGCAUUAGUAUAAUUGGUUCAUGGGGCAGACUUUACACGCUUGUAUUUGAACUUUCUUAGUUGGAUACGAGUAGAGGGGGAUCUUCAUGUUCCUCUCUUCUUAGUUGCUGUGACAGGAGAAUGCCUCUGAUGGGGCAUUUCUCAUUUCUAUGGAAAGCCUUGAGGUUGUGUUUUACGGUUCCUUGUUUUCAAGUAUGACUUACACAAUCAUUAUUUGAGACGGAUUAUUUUAGGUCAGUUCAGAUAUUGCACUGGACAGGAAAGCAUGCACUGAGAGACUUCUAAACACAUCUGUUUGAGCAGACUUUGAAACAUCUAGCCCAGAGGUAAGCUGCUGUGUCCUCACAGUUGUCUGUAUCCAGGGAAUAGGGCAUAAUCUUCGUAAUUGAAUUAGUUUUUGCCCCUUCUAGCUGGAAACAGAACAGAAGGGUACCAUAAAUUCAGAGAAGCAGAGCACACCGUUCUCAGCAUACUGUAAUCAAAGGAGGGGUUUCACUGUGUCUGUGUGAGUGAGAGCGUGUUUUAAGGUCAGAAUAACUUGGUCAAUAGAAAAUAGGCAUCAGGUGUGAGCAGAUAAGGUAUGGGAAGCCUCCACCACUGUGUACUUUGUUGCUAUUUAAAACUGUAUCAACUCUAACGAAAGAAUAAAUUAUUUGUGAUUUUAA